AUGACUCCCAAAAACCUUUUGCACGAGAGCCAGAGCCAUUCUCGUGGUCAACCCUUCCAAGCUUUCAAACAGCCUAGCGGCAAAACUCCAUUUGCUCUAGCAGGGCUUUCGGAAUAUGAGGACUCGAGACUAUCAGCGAAACAUUUUCCACAUCAAAUGCGAGACUUGGAGGAAGAUGAGAGAAGAAAGCCAGGUCCCAAGGGCGGAUGGCAGAGAUCAAGAUUACGGGAUGACGACCGGAAAGGACACUUAGAUGUAAUACUGCGUGCGACUGAGCAAUUUCUCGCUCAAGGAGAUGUCCCAAAAGCCGCCAAAGCUUUCGGCAUUAUUCUUCAGCUCAAGCCAAGGACGCAAUCCAUCGAUAUCCGGCUUCAUAAUCUGUGGUCCAUCGGAGCAGAGAUUCUCAUGCGGCAGAGGGAGAAGCUGGAAAACUUAAAUCAGCAUUUACCAGAGCAUUCACUCCCUGGUCAAGGCAGCCAUGCUUUUCCAACGGCUGAAACUCGAUGGAGAUUUAAUUCUAGCAGCAUGAGCGAGAUAAAAUCGUAUUUUGAAAUCUUGAUUCGCCAGUACGCAUACGACCAUAAAAUGCCACACAAACUCUCGGCGCUUGACUUUUGGUUGGCCUUACUGAGCUGCGAACUGGGUAACAUCUACACAGAGCAUUUAGGAGGCAUCGCUCGCUUGGAGAAGGAGAUCAGGCUCCAACAUACAGAACCUGCGUAUCCAGACCCUUUAAUGCCGGCAUCACCCAGUACGAGCGACCAGGAACAAUCAGAUUUUGAAAGCGGUGAUUUUGAGCCGCAGUAUAGAUUACAAGAGCACUGGGCCAAAAGACAAAAAGAAGCAAUCUGCCGACGCACUCUCAGGGGGCUGCAAGACAUUAACCUGAGGAUGGAGAAACUUAUGGACCAGCUACCAUAUUCAAGGAACGCCCAUUUCUUGCAACUGAAAGAGAUGUCAUCGCUCCUUUCAGCUGACCUUGCAUCGUCUCCGACUGUAAUAUGA